AAAAUCAAGAUUUUUUUUUGGCUAAAGGAAAAUUGUUUUUGAUUGCUUUAAAAUGAAUAUAUAACGAAAAAAUGAUUUACUCAAAAUUAUGCUUUUCUAUUGCUUGUAUAGACUUUAACUUGACUUAUAAUCAAUUGGUAGAUCCACAGGGUAGACAUACUAUAAUAUUUAUAUUUAUUAUCAGUUUGCUACCCUCUAUAAUACGUAUAUCGUUGAGGGCAGCAUAUAGUAGCUUUGAACGCACGCUUGUCGUUUUACAGUUUCAAUUCCAAUAUUUAGCUUUAUUUAAAUCAAAGAAGAUGGCUUACAAAGGUCAAAAAGUACAGAAGGUUAUGGUUCAGCCUAUUAACCUUAUUUUCAGAUACCUUCAAAACAGAUCACGUAUACAGGUCUGGGUAUAUGAACAAAUAAACCUGAGGAUAGAAGGCCAUAUAAUUGGAUUUGAUGAAUAUAUGAAUUUGGUGCUAGAAGAUGCUGAGGAAGUACACUUGAAGAAACAAACAAGGAAACCACUUGGUCGGAUCAUGUUAAAGGGAGAUAACAUCACAUUAAUUCAAAGUGUUCAGCAGCAAUCCUAGCAUCGCUAAUACUUUUUCUCCAAAAAGACGAAACAAGAACAACAGAAAUGUUUCAGACACAAUCCUUUUGUAUAUACCAUACAGGAAUGUUUUCAUUUGCCCCAGCCAACACAUAAACUUGAGUUUUAAAGUGGUUUCAAUUCUGACAUGUAUAGUAAUUCUUAUGCAAAACUUGAAACCAGAACAAAGUGUUCUUGCUAACCAAUAAGGGGAUGCUGUACUUACUAAAAAGUAUGUACUAUACAGUAUAUCCCAUUAUUUUAUAGAUUUUCCAAGAAUAAUUUUGAUUAAGAAAUUCUUCAUUUUUAAGAUGUCCUAAAGCCUGUUUUCAACUAGGUGAAUUUAUUCGCGCGAAACGAAAGUGUUGGUUCAUGCGCAUUCACAUUCCUAUUGAAGUUUUUGCGAAGCGAAAAACUUCGCAACUAAUCAGAGCUCAGGAAGCGAACCAACGCUUUGAUUUGCGUGAAUAAAUUCGCCUGGUGGAAAUCCAGCUUAAAGUGUUGCUUAUAAUUUAUGUCUAAACAUGAAUGCUAAGUUGGUGAUGGAACAGAAAUCAAUGCACUAUUUUUGUCUUAUUUUGUCAAAAUGAGAAAAUAUUUACUGACAUUUGUAGUCUUGAUGUACCAGAUGCAGAAUGCAGGCUUAAAGUCCUCAGGUCUGGAACAGCAAGACUAGUAACUAUUUUUGUGAUCUACCUUUUUUUGUAAUCUUGUGUAAUGAUUGUAGAUUAAAAGUAAGUAGUUGUUUUA